AUGCUUGCUUUCUACCUCAACCUGAAUGGGAAACACUUUCAGUUCUCUGUUGGAUAUGAAAACCACCUGUUUAACAGGCUGUAUGGGUCAUGGGACUCAGAUAAUUUUUCUGAUAUCCUUGUUGCCCAUACCAGUAGACCAGUCUCUGAGGGUGAACUGGGUCAUUCCAUGGGCCUUACCAAUAUCCAUCAUCUUCUCAUUAUCAUCAUAGCAGGUACUAGGGAAAGGUUGCAAGAGGUUAUAUGGUUGAUCACCUCAACCAGAGUUGCCAAAGAGAAGAUGGUUUCAAUUAGUCCCAACAGAUUCAGGGACCUCUGGGCUCUCAUGGGUCCCCAGGCAACAUUUCAAUCUUAUGAUCAGGCAGAAGUGAUGGAGAUUCUCAUAGGAAGGAAGGUCCAUACCAUCAUUAUGCUAGGUUUGAGAGAGGACAGGAGUUUUUUCUACCUACUUCCUGCAAUCUGCCCCAAGGAAGCUAGUCUCACAUCAGUUAUUAUAUUACCAGAAUCAGAGUGCAUUCAGGAGCUCAAGGCCCAAUUUGAUAAGAAAGACCUUUCUGCAGUGAUCUGGUCCCCAGAUCUUCAUAAUCAAGGUGCUUGUGUUUUAUUGGUCAAUUGCCAGAGCCUAGAGAAUACAAGCUUCUGGACUUUCCUGGAAGGUGCACAGGGUUCCCUUUUGAGGAUAAUUGAAUAUCAGUGUGCAAUUGCUAAUUUAGCAGCCCUGAACCUCCUAGCACAUUUCAAACUGAAUCCCCUUACAAUGCAGACCCCUCUGAGUAACAAUCUUGAAGACCCCUUAUCAGCUUGUCUCAAUAGGAGCCUUCAUGAUCUCACAAUGGGGACAGAACUAAUUCUGGUCAUAUGCCCAACCAAAGGGCCUCACCCAAAAGCUUGGGAUGGGGAUGAACCUGAGGCUCAACUGAUGGGUGCUGGCAAUGUUGAACAGUGGCUGCUGAAAAGAGCAUACAUUACAAGUUGCCAAAUCUGUGAUGUCUGUGAGGAGACACUACAGCCACCAGACAAUGCUCACAGGAUCAGUUCAGGCAAUAGCAGCACUGGCAGCAUUGCACCUAGUACUGCUAUUCAGAUUUCUGCUACCAUUAUAUCCCAGAUAGUGAAUCAAACACUGGUAACAUGGGCUAUCACCUACUGUCAUCAAAGUGACAUACUGAGAGGGUUGAGCCUCUUCAAAGAUAUUGUUUCUGGUGAGGAGAUUUGUAGACUUUGUUGGAUGCUUGAUGAUGUGCCCUAUCAUGGCAUGGCACAAUGCAAAUCAUAUCAAGAAAUAAUAUUUGCUAAUGCUGCAUCCCAUCGCUAG